AUUUAUACACGUACAUAACAUAGUAAAACUAGUGCAUCUAAUAAGCUUUUCCUUGUAGCAGGUCAAAGACAGGGAUGGAAAAGUCCUCUAGACUUGGAUACUAGAGAAAACAUAUACAAUCUCAGCCUGUGUGCUAGGAUCUAGUUUCUCUGGGAAUUUUACUUUCCUUUGCUCAAACGGGCAAACGGGGUCUCUCAAUUUUCAUGGUUCCCUCAGAUUUAGGCAUUUGGAAUUGAAUUGAAAUGGGUAUGGGGGCAUUUCUGAACGAGAAGUCUCAGGAAAUUUCUGCAAUCCUUCUUGCAACAUUAGUUAGUGAGUGUGUUCUUGUUUCAUGGAAAGAAACAGGAUCAUAUUUCCUUGCCUAAAUUGUGUUGCAAGAUGAUGGUUCUAGAUGUGUUAACUUCUGGUCCUACCGCAGCAGCCAUUUCUCAAACUAUAGAUACCAUUGCUGAGUUCCUAGUUUAUGCUACUGAUGUCCUUGUGGAGAAGGACAGUUUUAAGGAACUUGCAACUUACAUGGAAAGAAUUGAGCCUGUCUUAAAAGAAUUGAGGAAAGGAAAAAUCAGUGAUUCUGAGGCAUUCAACCGAGCUAUCGAGACCAUGAAUAAAGAAAUAAAAGGUGCAAAGCAACUGGCUCUAGAAUGCAGGAACAAGAGCAAGGUUUAUCUCCUAUUUAGUUGCAGGUCCAUUAUUAAAAGCUUAGAAAACCACACAAAGAAACUGAGCACAGCACUUAGUCUUCUACCUUUAGCCUUAUCAGGUCUUUCUUCAGGAGUGAUUGAAGAAAUUGAAAAGCUAUGUGAUCAUAUGCAGACAGCUGGGUUUAAGGCAGCUGUAGCUGAAGAAGAGAUUUUAGAGAAAAUUGAGUCAGGGAUAAGAGGAAAUAAUGUUGACCGUUCCUAUGCCAAUGAUUUGCUGAUUCUCAUUGCAGAGGCAGUUGGGAUUAAGAAUGAGAAGUCAACAAUAAAGAUGGAGCUUCAAGAGUUUAAAAAUGAAAUUGAGAAUGCUCGUGAUAGGAAGGAAUUAGCUGAAGCUAUGCAAAUGGAUCAAAUCAUUGCUUUGUUGCAAAGGGCUGAUGCAGCUUCAUCACCAAGAGAAAGGGAACUCAAAUACUUUGCAAAACGUCAAUCGUUGGGUAGUCGAUUCUUGGAGCCUUUGCAAUCAUUUUAUUGCCCCAUCACACAGGAUGUUAUGGUGGAUCCUGUAGAAACUUCAUCAGGACAGACCUUUGAGAGAAUUGCAAUAGAGAAGUGGUUUGCAGAAGGAAACAGAUUGUGUCCCCUAACCUUGAUUCCUUUAGACACAUCAAUUUUGAGACCUAACAAAACAUUGAAACAAUCCAUAGAAGAAUGGAAGGAUAGAAAUACAAUGAUUAAAAUUGCUACUGUGAAAGAAAAAAUCCAGUCUGGGAAUGAUGAUGACAUGCUGGAUGGUCUGAGAACCCUUCAGGAUUUGUGUAUACAAAGAGACCAACACAGGGAAUGGGUGAUACUGGAGAAUUACAUACCAAUUCUCAUCCAAAUUCUUGAUUCAAGAAACCGUGAUAUACGGAACCAUGCUCUUGUCGUCCUUGGCAUGCUGGCAAAGGAUAAUGAAGAAGCUAAGGAAAGAAUUGCAACCGUUGACAAUGCAAUUGAAUCUAUUGUCCAUUCUCUUGGACGUCGUCCAGAAGAAAGGAAGUUAGCCGUGGCAUUGCUGCUUGAAUUAUCUGAGUAUGAUUCAGCACGAGAGCACAUUGGAAAGGUUCAAGGUUGCAUACUACUAUUGGUAACUAUGUCUAGCGGAGAUGACAAUCAAGCUGCUAGAGAUGCAACAAUGCUAUUAGAUAAUCUUUCAUACUCUGAUCAGAAUGUUAUACAGAUGGCAAAAGCAAAUUAUUUCAAACAUUUAUUGCAGCGUCUCUCCUCAGGACCAGAUGAUGUAAAGAUGAUUAUGGCCACAAAUUUAGCAGAAAUGGAGUUAACUGACCACAAUAAGGAAUCCUUAUUUGACGGUGGUGUACUGAUUCCUCUUCUUCACAUGUUCUCACACAAUGAUCUUCAGGUGAAAAUAGUGGCUAUUAAAGCUCUUAGGAAUUUAUCCAGUUCAAAGAAAAAUGGACAGGAAAUGAUUAGACAGGGGGCUGCACGACGGCUACUUAACCUCCUUUUCCAUCGCAGCAUACAAACCUCUUGUUUAUGGGAAGAUGUAGCAGCCAUAGUUGUGCAACUUGCUGCAUCAACUAUCUCUCAAGAUGCUCAAAGACCUGUUUUAUUACUAGAAUCUGAUGAUGAUGUUUUUAAUCUCUUCUCUUUAGUUAGUGUCUCACAGCCGGGUGUGCAGCAAAACAUUAUUCAGACAUUUUAUGCCCUGUGUCAGUCACCUUUUUCAGCUUCAUAUAUCAGAACCAAACUAAAAGAGUGCUCAGCUGUUCCGGAACUGGUUCGACUGUUUGAGAAUGAGAGGCUAAAACUACGAGCAAGUGCUGUAAAGUUGUUUUCUUGCUUGGUAGAGAGUUGUGAUGAGGCAAUCAUACGGGGGAAUGUGGAUCAGAACUGCAUCAAUAAUUUACUCCAAAUCCUGAAAUAUUCAUCUGAUGAGGAGGAAAAGCUUUCUGCUAUGGGAAUAAUAUGCUAUCUUCCAGAAAAUCACCAGAUAACUCAAUGGCUUCUGGAUGCAGGCACACUGCCAAUCAUUAAAAGUUAUGUCCAAGAUGGGAAAGACAGAGAUCUUCAAAAGGAUAAGUUUGUAGAGAAUGCCAUUGGUGCCCUACGCCGUUUCACAGUUCCAACAAACUUGGAAUGGCAAAAAAGUGUAGCUGAAACUGGGAUUAUAACUAUUUUAGUGCAGUUGCUUGAAAAUGGAACUACCUUGACAAAACAACACGUGGCACAGUCUCUUACUCAAUUUUCUAAAAGUUCAGUGAGUCUGAGCAAACCAGUAGCCAAGCGCAAAGGACUAUGGUGUUUCUCAGCACCAGCUGAUAUUGGCUGCAUAGUUCAUGGAGGAAUAUGUUCUGUGAAAUCAUCAUUUUGCCUUUUAGAGGCUAAUGCAGUAGGACCACUUACAAGAACUCUUGGGGAAUCUGAUCCUGGAGUUUGUGAGGCUUCUUUGGAUGCUCUAUUAACAUUAAUUGAAGAUGAAAGACUCCAGAGUGGUAGUAAAGUGCUUGCAGAAGCAAAUGCCAUACCAUUAAUAAUAAGGUUUCUUGGUUCUCCCUCUCCUAGGUUGCAGGAGAAGUCUCUAGAUGCUUUGGAAAGGAUUUUUCGGCUACUCGAGUUCAAACAGAUGUAUGGCGGCUUAGCUCAAAUGUCUCUAGUGGACUUAACUCAAAGGGGUGAUGGUAAUGUGAGAUCCAUGUCAGCUAGAAUAUUGGCACAUUUGAACGUGCUUCAUGAUCAAUCUUCAUAUUUCUAAAGAAAAAUAUUUGUUCAUGUACUAAGGAACUAACCAUGUGGAAUAACCUUCCCUUGAUGCAUUCACUAUGCAUGACAUCAACUACGUGCUUGGGCAGGAAAUGGAACCUUUGCUUCUUUAACCGAGAUAACUGCUUUCCUCAGUGCACAUUAACAUAAUGUUGUCUCACCAACCAGGAGAACCCCACAUGAUGUUCCUUAAUCUUUUAACCAUUUGACCGAAAAGCUUUGCCCUUAGCUAGUUCUCUUGGGGUAUCAUUUAGGCUCCUGAACCAUUGUGACCUGUGUUAAGUUUGAGCUGUUAAGUGUAUCAAUACAGCAGCACCGUUUGGACAUGCGUGGAUUUAUUUGAGGCCUAUAUUAAACGUCUCAAAUUGCUUGUACAUUCAUUUGAAAAUUGAUUGUUGUUAUGGUUUAGUGUAAGAGGAAAAUAAAAAAAAUCCCUUUCUCGAAUAUUUGUAUUAUUUGCUAUUUGAACCCAUUUCUUAUAUGGUGAAAAAGGUUACGAGGUAUUUGACAAGGAGCAUGGCAAUCAUUUGUUCU